AUGAUUUCAACUAAAAUAAUAAUUUUUGGUAUACUUGUGGUUUCUAUUUCUUCAAGUAGCCCAGUAGUGAAUGGUAGGAAUGGAAUAUUUAUGCCUUUCAGUGAAACUUUGGAUACUGUAGAAAAUGUCAUAACAAAUGUAGCUAAAUCUAAAGCUGUCACUCCAGUUGCUCCGGAUUCUGGCCGGACUAAAGCAGUUUUAGAAUCUCUAUCAAGAGAAUCUCUUCCUCUUCAAAUUGAUAAUAAAUACGGUAAUCUACAAGAAUUUGUUGCAAAUAUAUUUAAACCUCAACCAAUCGUUGAUACAUCUCGAGAAUAUGAAAAAUAUGGAAACGAUGCUGAAAAAUCAAGAAAAUUAUCAACUGCGAUUAUUGCGGGUUACGAAGGUUUUUCUAACAUCUUGAACACCGCCGUUGAGGUGCCAUUUAUUAAAGCCAAACAAUUCGGAAAGACAUUGACCACAUCGUUAAAUACUAUUGGGGACAAAUUAGUAGGAUUAUCCUGAAUAAAAAGUAGAAAUUUACACUGUAAAUUAUAUUGUUCUGUAACUUUAUUAUAAUAUAUUUUUAUUUAUUACAAACAUGA